AAGGCAGUCACCAACCCUCACGUCUCUUUUACCCCGCGCGACCUUCCCAGCCACUCAUUACUCAGGCUACCUCGCCCCGCCGCGCACGUUCCAGUCUUAAGUCCCGCGGCGUGCUGACUUGUUUACACGUGUUUCUGUUUUUGUGCGUGUGUCUGUGUGUAUGUGUAUAUUUGUGUUGUGUUGCGGUACGCUGAUGGUUUAUUCUACGUAGUGCUUCGUUGACUUGGAUUUGUGUUUCUUAAGUUACGGUGUUGACGUUCCGUGGGAGGAGAAGAAGACAUAGAAGAAGAAGAAGAAGAAGAAGAAGAAGAAGAAGAAGAAGAAGAGGAGGAGAAGGAAGAUGCUACUCUUCCUUAUAGUGGUAAUGGUUGUUGUUGUUGGAGGAGGAGGAGGAGGAGGAGGAAGCAGAGAAGUAGCAGCACAUUCCCAAGACACUGCCCAGAAGACGCAGACGGAGGAGGCGCUAAGUAAGAUGAUGGUGUACCCGCAGGACGCCACACUGUACCUCGGCGCCCUGUUCCCGAUACACGCUAGCGAGAGGGACAUGACCACUGAGGAGGAUGUGUGCACCUACCUCCAGAAGCGGGAAGGCAUCGAGGCCCUGGAGGCGCUGCUGUUUGCCCUGGACGAGGUGAACGGUGACAAGACCCUCCUGCCGGGGAUCACGCUGGGCGUCAUCGCGCUGGACUCCUGUAACUCACCAAGCCUCGCCCUCAACCAGAGCCUCGGCUUCAUCAAGGGCUUCUUGGCGGGGCAGAAUCAGCACCACGAGAAGGAGUUCACGUGUGCGGACGGCUCCACACCUGUGUACCGCAGCGGGCAGUUUGACAAGGUGGUGGGCGUGAUCGGGGGUCAGCGCUCCUCCGUGUCCAUACAGAUGGCCAGCGUAUUACGAGUGAUCCAGCUGCCUCAAGUAAGCUACCUCAGCACCUCGGCCUCUCUGGACAACCAUCAAAGGUACCCGUUCUUUCUACGCACCGUGCCCUCAGACGCCACCCAGGCUCAAGCCAUCCUGCGCAUCAUGAGUGAGUUCUCCUGGACCCACGCGGGUGUAGUGUACAGCGCUGAAGAGUACGGUGUGGGCGGUUACCGAGAGCUGUCGAGCCGCGCCCACCUGUAUGACGUGUGCUUCGCUUCGCCCGCCCACAAGCUGUCUGCCCACGACCCCGACGGCGCCUAUAGUAGGGUUGUGAACGAGCUGAUCAAGGGGGAAUUCAAAGUGGUGGUGGUUUUCGCCAUCCGGGAGGUGGCGGUGCGACUGCUCAAUACGGUGAGGCUGAUGGGCCACCAAGACACCUUCCUAUGGCUGGGCUCCGACGGCUGGACCUACGACACGCCCACGGAAUUGUCAGGCGUCGCGGAGGGCGCCCUGGCCAUCCAGCCUCUGGCGAAGAGCAUGCCGGGCUUCGACGAGUACUUCACGAGCCUUGCCCCGGACACUAAUACCCGCAACCCGUGGUUCCAAGAGUACUGGCAGCACCGAGACUUCCAGGAGCCCGUACGCAGCCAGCGCCCGGGUGGUCGAAGCCUGGAGGACGAGCCUGAGGCCAGCCAGGUGAGCUUCAAGCCUUACCCACACGAGCCGUGGCUGCACUUCGUGAGGGGCGCCGUGAUGGCUUUCGCCCACGCCCUGCACUCUAUGUGGGAGGAGGAGUGUGGGGGGGAGGAGAGGCUGUGUGAGGCCAUGGCGCACGGCGGACACCUGCACGGCCACCACCUACUGCAGCACCUGCGUGACGUAUCCUUCACAGAUCUGAGCAACGAGACCUUCCGCUUCACUGGCGCGGGGUCCGGCCCGGCGCGGUACACGGUCUUCAACUACCAGAAGGUGCAGGGCUACGACGAAUACGAGUGGAUACCCGUGGGCAGCUACUUCAACAUCACAGGGGAGGCUCCGCAGCUCAACCUCACCACGGCGCCUCUCAAGUACCGGCCCGGGUCUAAUUUCCCCGUCUCUUCCUGCGGGACUCCCUGUGGACCGAGCCAGGAGCGUGUGCCGGCUCAGGACUCCUGUUGCUGGAGCUGCAAGGACUGCCGCCACGACCAGUACUACAACACCACUGAGGGGAGGUGCCACGACUGCUCCGUGUGCACGCUGCCUGACCCGGCCGGCCAGCGAUGCGUGCCCAAGGAGGAGAAAUCUAUUGACUACAGGAGUCGCUGGUCCAUCACUUCUCUCGCUCUGGCCAGCCUUGGAAUCUUUAGCACUGUGCUGGUUGGCAUUAUCUUCUGGGUGCAUCUGGAGACUCCUGUGAUUAAGGCCGCCUCCAGGGAGCUAUCCUACAUCCUACUGGGGGGUAUCCUGCUAUCCUUCCUCAUGAGCUUUAUCAUCGUGGCGCCCCCCAACAAGAUAUCCUGCGGCCUUACCAGGUUCUUCCUCGGCUUCAGCUACUCCGUCUGCUACGCCGCCGUGCUCACCAAGAUCUCACGUAUCUCUAGGAUCUUCAAUAGUACUCACUCCAAGAAGUCUCAUAAGGCGCGGUACACAUCCCCGUGGAGUCAGGUGGUGAUCGUGGUGAUGCUGGUGAGCGUGGAGGUGGUGAUCAACGUGUGCUGGCUGGUGUUGAGGCCUCCCAGCACCAAGACACUGUGCUACCCCACCACAGACUACCAAGUGAGGAUCUGCGGUGGGCUGGACGACUACUCCUAUAUCGUGGGUCUUAUCUACCCUCUGAUCCUCGUGCUCUUCUGCACCAUCUACGCCAUCAAGACCAGGAAGUGCCCGGAUGGUUUCAAUGAGGCCCGAUAUAUCACCUUCACUAACUACACCACCUGCAUCAUCUGGCUCAUCUUCGUGCCGCUCUACUUGUCUGCCGGGGUGACGGAUGACAUCAGGGUGGUCACCUUGGCCCUCUCCCUCUCCCUCGGAGGCUUUGUGCAGCUGGGGUGUCUCUUCUUCCCCAAGGUACAUGUGGUUCUGUUCAAGCCAGAAAAGAACACUCGAGAUGCAGUGAUGUCUGUGAUGCGGCACUCCUCCAAUAGGGGUGAUUCACUGUACAAGAAGCAGCCAGACCACCAUAGUGCUCCUGCCGUCUUUGUCCUAAAUGGCGGUGGACAUCAGAAUGGAGCACCACCCACGUCCUCGCCACUGCCUCAUCCCGUGCUGCGAGACUCCCCUGGCAGAGUGAACCAGGUGUACAUGAGCACAAUCCACAGCCGGCAGGAGGACAUGGAUUACCUCUAGUUGCCUUCUUAAUAAUGACAUCCAGUAUUUAUGUUGGUUUAUUUAUACCAUACAUUCCUGUCUCCUCAGCAUUUUAACAUAUACCAAAGUGUUGUUGAUAUAGUACAAAGGGGAAGAGAGAGAGAGAGAGAGAGAGAGAGAGAGAGAGAGAGAGAGAGAGAGAGAGAGAGAGAGAGAGAGAGAGAGAGAGAGAGAGAGAGAGAGAGAGAGAGAGAGACUUAGAUUUUAGAAUUAAUGAAACUACAGUAUUCAUUAUUUUGGUUGUGACAUAAUGUAAAUAAUUCUUUCUUCUGUUCACGGACAUAAUGACUCAAAUGCACAAAGGUGUAGGAGAGAAAGUACUUAAAUAUCAUCUUUACCUUUACCUCCACAAAUGCUUAGUGGCUGAAGUGUUGCCUUGAUGCACCUCAUCUAUGUGAGUGUGUUUUGUGAUCUACUUCUGUGAUAUACCUAUACCUUGCUUAAGUUAUAUUUGUUUCUCAUAUGUUACAGUAAUCCAUAUUAAGUUAUUCCUACAUGACAAUUUGUGUUUUUGAACUAUUCUUGUUUCUCUUUAUAGUUUUUAAGUAUCUAUGUUACUGUUACCAGUUCAUUUAUGUUGAAAUUAUAUAUAUAUUCCUCAUUAGUUUGUAAGUUUUAUAUUACAAAAUCAUUCAUGUUUGGCUUAUCCAUAUUUGUUACUCAUAAAUUAUAUUAGUCAUUCUUAAAGUCACCAAUCUUUCAUACACUACUCUUUUUGGUGACUAUGUACCAUGUUUUCUUUAUACACAAAUAUUAUAAACUUCUAAAGCUAUAAUUGUAUCUGCUCAAUAAGAACUAAUCAAACUUUCCACCAGGACAUGCUGUCUUCCCUAAGUUACAUAACAAAGACAUUGUUUUAUAUUCACCACAUCUUAAAAUAAGAUUGUGGGGAAUUUCACCUAAAGAAUUGAAAAAUAAAUAGCAAAAAACAUUUUUUUUUUUUUUUAAGUAUUUUGUUAUCUCUUUUUUAUUUCUUUAUAUAUUUGGAAGCCACUUCACAUAUGAAAAAGAAAGCAAAUUUGUGUAGUACAUGUUGUGUAGUAUAUAAAACAUGUACAUAUUCUUAUGUAUGGUAUCCUUAGGUAUCUCAAUUCUGGCAAUAAAAUGACAAACUUCCAAUUCUUGUCUUAGUUGUUGUGGCUAGAAUUACUGAAUCACUCCACUUCACCUGAUAAAUUAUUAUUAUGCAGAGCACUUCAGCAGAGGUGACCAAGAAACAUAAGCAAUAAAUGCAUAACAAAUGACAUUCAUAGUAAAACAGUUGGAGGGAAGUGAUGGUACACUCCACCUGUACCACCUGCCUUCUGACCAGGUCACAAGGGAGUGCAGGCCAAGUGUGUGUAACCUGUGAACUAUAUAUAAAGAUAGCAUAAGCAGUUCCCACAGAAUGAUGCAAAGGUUUCCAAACAAAUACCCAUGACAGUACAAUAACAAUAACAAGCUGCUGUAUGGUUUGCAUGAAAAGAAAAUAAUGUCUUUUCUUGUCUAUCUCAAUGAGGACCACCAUAUGGCAACACGAGGAGGAACAAUGACAUGAGAGAGAGAGAGAGAGAGAGAGAGAGAGAGAGAGAGAGAGAGAGAGAGAG